AUGCCUGGACUCGAGAUCGGUGGUCCACCCAAGGUGGUUUACUCCAAGCCGAGGCUCCAGCAUGCUCUCGAUGUCUACCAAAGCGCUUGGGAAAGGUCGACGCCCACAACCAACAAGGCACGUCACCUUCGCCAGGAUUACCAAUUCCGACGAGUCCACUCUACCUCGAACUUUACGCAAGCCAUAUCGUGGUAUGACGAUGACUCUUCCGACGAAUACCGUCCCACUGCAGCGAAGAGACGUCGGCUUCUGAUCCGCAAGAUACCCAAAGCCAAACGAACCAAGCAUGAUAUCAAGCCUGAAAGUUCGGUUACUUCUCCACCCGUUCAUGACAUCCCCUCCUUAGUGACAUUCUAUCUCAAGUCCGAUGCUGGGAGGGCUUUACUGUGUGACCUCGCCAAGGAUAGCACUGGCUACGAGGCCAGCUUGUGCGCAGGUGGCGGCACACGAGGAGACGUUCUCAACGAUGGUGUAGGCCACAGAUCAAGUUGUGGACGACAAAAUCAUACUCUUUCGGCCAAGACGUUUCUGAGGAAGCAAGAUGAAGAGAGUGAAAAGAUUGGUGGUGGGACAAACCGCAGCGGUCUCAAGAGGAACAGGGAGAGUUUAAUUAGGGGGGGAGGACCUAUGGCGCACAAGGACGAGGUCUACUCUGCCAAACCCAGCGAUCGGCCAUGUGAAUCAGGUCAAGAAGUGGUUGUGGAAUCGGUUGAAUGCACACCUGAACAAACAUCUGAGGACGCCCUGGACAUAGCCCUUGCCGGCCUCAUCCACGACCAUUCUGCUCCUACCUCACCUGCUCAACCGACGCCGAUCCAGGUUAUUCGUGCUGCUGCUGUGGAGAUUCAACAGGCUCGGAACGUCCUAGCUGGAGUUUCCAGGGAACACCCAAUCAUUCUAGAUUCGCCUCAAUCCUCCCCAAAAUUAGUACCGGCAAAUGUGCACGUCCCAGUCACCAUACGGACUCCGUGGGCUCAUCCGAUCAAUUUCAAGUUUCUCGAGACAUCAGACAAGCCGUGUCACUUUUGCGAGGACUUCAGAUAUGGAAUCUAUGGAUAUGGCAUUAUUAGCGUCAAGGUGUUCCAGUCACCGGGGCAGUGCGAGCUUCAAGAGAUGGGAAAUGGGCAUCGAUCUUCGGGUAAAGAAGCAACACCCUCUGAUGAGCUCUAUUGUAUGUACGUCAGUCAGUUGGUCGACAUCGGGUACCCUAAAGGACCGGCCCUUAAGCGCGGAACAUACUACGCUUGCUCCUUAUGCACGCACCCUGCGUUCUGGAGAUGUUGUGCUGACAAGAGUGUGGACAAAUACCUGAGGAAACUGGAUGACGUAAAGGGAAAGGGAAGAGGCUGCGGGCUGGUGCUCUGUGACUCCUGUGCGGUUCAAGUCGAAAGAGACAAGGGGAUCUUGAAGCAAACGACUGUGCAGGAGCGGAACGGCUACGAUUGUCGCAGGGCAGACAUGGAGUUCCUCUUUGCAGGGAGCUUGCUCCAUAAGGCUUGGGCCUGA